CCUGUGGUGCCAUCUUUAAAAUCAUUCUAGCUUUCUCUGCAUUCCACAUGAAAGCUUCUGUUGUCCCCUGCCUGUGUGAUCUCUGGCUUUAGAAGGGCUUUAAUUGUUUCUUUCCAACCUUUGUUCCUGUGGCGCCAUCUUUAAAAUCCUUCUAGCUUUCUCUGCAUUCCACGUGGAGGCUUCUACUUUCCCCUGCCUGUGUGAUCUCUGGCUUUAGAAGGAUUGUAUUCAUAAUGCAUCUGUUUGAGCCCGCCAGCAUCCUAUCUGCUGCAGCUGUACUGAUGGCGGUUACAUGGACCACUUCGGCUGAACAGCCUAAUGUUUGUACUGUAGUACAAGGGAGAGAUGGACAGAAGGGUGAGAAGGGAGAUCCAGGACCACUGGGAAAUCAGGGAGAAAAAGGAGUGCAGGGCCCACCAGGAAAAGCUGGCCCUCCAGGACCUGCUGGAAGUAUUGGUGAACAAGGCCGAAAGGGAGAUAUGGGACCACAAGGAGCUCCCUGUAAUAUGGAACGUGUGAGCGGCUUGGAAACUUCACUUGCAGCAGCACUCUCGAGAAUUGCAAAACUUGAAAAAGGUCCUGAUUAUGCACUUUUUGUAUUUUUAUAA